AUGGCAGUGGGCAUCGUAGCUGGCCUCACGUGCUCAGAUGAAGGUGCAGCGCAUGGCAGUGGGAAUUGUAGGUGGCCUCACAGGCUCAGACGAGGGUCUCAGCAAACUGCUACCUCUUCUGUAACCUCCUCUCUACCCUUAUCCUCUUACCCCCACCCACUCACCCCGCCAUCCCAGGUGCAGCGCAUGGCAGUGGGCAUAGUGGCAGGCCUCACCGGCUCAGACGAGGGUCUCGGCAAACUGUUACCAGAGGCUGACGUCAUCGCCGCUGCCCUGCUGCCGCUGCUCUCAGCCAAUAAGGAAAUCUCCCUGCCAUCCGCUCAAGCUUUGGUGAACCUGUCCCAGCACGAUGUGGCAGCAAAGGCUGUGAUUAAAGCGAGGGGGGUGGAGACAGCAGGGGGGAUGGCCGUGGGACGAGGGGGAGCAGGAGGGGGAGGGGGAGGGGGGAAGGGGAAGAAUGCAGGGUUGAUGGUGAUGCUGCUGGCGAAUCUGACUCAGCUGGACGAAGGAGCAGAGAAGCUUCUUGAGCCCAGUGGGUCCGUGCCGCUCCUCGCCUCCCUCACAAGGCGAUUCGCUACGAGUGCCGACAGGGAGGAGGGGCAGGAGGACGAGUACGAGCACGUGGCCACCAUCCUAGUCAACGCCACUCGGCUGGAAGCUGCCAGGAAGCUGCUCCUGGAUCCGGAAAAGAAGCUUCUGAGACAGAUCCUGCCUCAGACGUCGUCUCCAAACCGAAUCCGCAGUCAAGGAGCCAUGGCAACAGUUAGAAAUUGCUGCUUUGAUGCGAGUUCAGGGGCCCUGCCCUCGCUGCUGCUCCUUGCUGACCUGCUCUGGCCGUCGCUGCUGCUGCCCCUGGCCGGGACGAGAGUAUACAGCAAGGAGGACAGGGACCAGAUGCCGCCAGAGCUCGCCGUACCGCUGUCCAUGGAACGACCCCCUGUGACAGACGCCAAGCUACGGGCCGAUGCUGCUGAUGCUCUCUUCCUCAUUGCUUCUGAGGAAGCGGGCAGAAAAGCUCUGUGGGCUGUGCACGGCGCGAGAAUACUCCAGGUGGGCUAUGAGGAUGAGGAGGAUCCAACGGUCAUGGAGGCCAUGGAGAGGGUUGGGUCACUGGAUGAGGAUGAAGAGGAUCCAACGGUCAUGGAGGCCAUGGAGAGGGUUGGGUCAAUGGUGAGUGGAUGGGGUUGA